UUGAGCUGUGGGGCUGGGACAUUCCUGGUUUGACGACCAGCUUCGCCGCUGCCAUGAUUUGCUGAGCAAUUCGACACUGGCUUCAAAGAUGCGUGUGUGGAAGAGGCAGCGGUAGAGAGACGGAGAGCGAGAGCUGGGAGAGAAGUUACAAUAACGGGCUAGACAGACAGACACAGAGAGUGUGUGAGCACACCAAGUCGGGACGUAACGCAUUUAUCCAAACACGAGGACUUCAAACUUCCCAGGAGAAAACUCUCCACUACCUUAACUCGAGUUUAGACGAGGGGGAGUUGUCGCACCUUGGCCCCGAAGCCUGCGCUGCUCUGCGGGUCUGAAAAGUCUCUUUCACCCCCUCUACCUCCGGCUGUUUUCAUGUUCCUCCCGUCGUCUCGCACUUUGAGCCCGUGUCUAAUGGAGGGCCCCGUAAGGAUUUGCUUCCAGAAGAAUGCGUUUUGCUGUUAAUUCACCCGACGGCUCGCAGCUUUUGCCCUCCUGCAAGAGAGGUUUGCUGAACAGACAAAGGCUUGCGUGCUGGGCAACACGGCUGCUGGCAGGGGUCAAAGUGCACCAUGGACAGUGGCCUGAGGGUCCUCCUGUCCACUGUGCUGUGUCUCAGCCAGUCCCUGCUCGUCGGCUGCUCAUCUCAAUAUCCCUCUUUCCGCUCUGAGCCUGUCUCCUUGGUUCAGAGUCAAGGCUCUGUUGCUCGUCUGCGCUGCUUAGUUAGUCCUCCAUCAGCUGUGGUUUCCUGGCGCUUCAGAGGCCGUCCCGUGGACCACGACACCCUGCCUGGUGUGGAGCUCAACGAUGGCUCCCUCACCAUCUCCUCCCUUAAGUCCAGCCAUGUUGGCGUCUAUCAGUGUGUGGCACGCUUAGCCCAUGGACCGGCCAUCGCCAGCCGACACGCGCGUGUGGCCAUAACAGAAAUAUCAGAAUAUGAAGAUGGCCGACGGCGGUCGUUGUCAGUGCAGGAAGGCAGCUCUGUUCUUAUAGAGUGUCCUCUACCGCACAGCGUCCCUCCAGCGCUUCCUAGAUUAAGAGCACGAGGGGAGCGGAUAGAAGUGUCUACAGAUGACUAUUUGGUUCUUCCGUCUGGAAACCUCCAGAUUAUCUCUGUUUCAGACCGGCACCAGGGCAUGUAUAAAUGUGGUGCAUUCAACCCUGUUAGCGGGGAAACCGUCAUGCAGCCUCACGGUACUAAGCUGUCAGUGAAACAUUCAGACUCCUCCCCCCCAGUGCGGAUAGUUUACCCCACCGCCCCACAGACUGUUUUGGUGCAGCAGUCACAGCUGCUGACCCUGGAGUGUGUCGUGUCUGGUAGUCCUGCACCAGCAGCCAAAUGGUUUAAGAACGGUAAGGAGGUGACACCGGGGCCUUCUCACCAACAACACCACAACAACCUGGCCUUUGCUGCGCUGACGAGGAGUGAUGAAGGGAGUUACACCUGUGCUGCUGAGACCAAGCAGGGGACUGUGAUCAGCGCUAACUAUACUGUGAAUGUUCUUGAGCUCGUGUCUAUCACGGAGGGCCCGACCAACCAGCUAGUCUCUCCUGGCUCCUCCGCUCGUUUUACCUGCGUAGCUACAGGAAACCCUUCACCUAACAUCACCUGGCUGUUCAACGCUGACCCCAUCACCCCAUCGCGCCACUUUCAGAUCUCUGGAUCCUCACUUGUGAUUACAGAUGCGACGCCGCAGGAUGAGGGCGUGUUUCAGUGUCUGCUGGACAACGGGGUUGGCUCGGCGCAGUCAUGUGGAAUCCUUACGAUGCAAACAGAUCCACAGCUGGGAUCCACUGCAGGUGUGCUGCUGGAGACUUCACCAUCGCUCCACCCCAUGCAGAGCGACGAGGGCCACGAACGCUUGCUGGACGAAGACGAAGGCGACGCGGUCAACCUGCCGGCUGACAGGAGUAGUGACCGUCCCACUCCAGAGGCGCCGAUCAUCAUCAGCCCGCCUCAAACCCACAAGCCUGAUAUUUACGACCUGGAGUGGAGGGCGGGGCGUAAUGGAGGGAGUCAAAUCAACGCUUAUUUUGUCAAAUACCGCAAGGUCGAUGAAAUGGGAACAGUGGUGGGGAGCUGGCACACAGUUCGUGUCCCUGGCAGUGAGAAGACCCUGCGGCUGUCAGAGCUGGAGUCCUCCAGUCUCUAUGAAGUGCUGAUGGUGGCUAGAAGUUCAGCAGGCGAGGGCCAGCCAGCCAUGCUCACCUUCCGCACCGGCAAAGAAAAGACCAUCACCGCCAUCAAGAAUCCGUCCAAGCCUCCCGUUAUCUCGAUGCCCCCGAAAGUUCCAGAGGACAAAACCGCCAACACACACUUUGGUGUUGUCAUACAUGACAGAGUACCCGAGGCUCCAGACCGCCCCACCAUCUCAAUGGCGACUGAAAGUUCGGUGUACGUCACCUGGGUCCCGAGAGCCAAUGGCGGAUCUCCGAUCACGGCUUUCCGCGUAGAGUACAGACGCAGCCGCAGUACAGAGUGGGUCGUGGCUGCGGAUAAUAUCUCACCUCUCAAGCUGUCUGUGGAAGUUCGCAAUCUGGAGCCUGGUUCCCCCUAUAAGUUUCGUGUCGUAGCCAUGAACAUGUACGGCGAGAGUCCUCACAGCAUUCCUUCAAAAAUGUACCAGGUGCCACAAGCUAGCCCGCGCAUCGCAGACCGUCCCGUGGUCGGACCUCACAUCACAUCCACAGACGCCAUCAGUGACACACAGAUCAUGCUGCGCUGGACUUAUAGUCCCUCGAGUAACAACAACACUCCAAUCCAAGGCUUCUACAUUUACUACCGGCCCACGGACAGCGACAAUGACAGCGACUACAAAAGAGAUGUCGUCGAGGGUGUAAAUCACUUGCACAUGAUUGGACAUCUCCAGGCGGAGACCUCCUACGAUAUCAAGAUGCAGUGCUUUAAUGACGGGGGGGAGAGUGAAUACAGCAACGUCAUGAUCUGUGAGACUAAAGCACGUCAGUCCCCGGGGUCGCCUAGCCAUCACCCCAUCACCCCAGCUUACCCCUACCCGCAGGAGCCUUCCAGCCCACCUGGAGGACUGCUGUACCUGAUUGUGGGCUGUGUUUUGGGAGUCAUGGUGCUCAUUUUGCUGGCUUUUAUCGCCAUGUGUCUGUGGAGGAAUCGCCAGCAGAACAACAUGCACAAGUAUGACCCUCCCGGCUACCUGUACCAGCCGGCAGAGAUGAACGGCCAUGUUCUCGAGUACACCACUCUGCCUGGCUCCAGCCGCAUCAAUGGCGGCGUCCACGCUGGCUACGGGCACAAUGGUCCCAUGUUACCCCAAGGGUGCCAUCACCUCCACCACAAACUCCCCAACAGUUUGGCGCUGCUCAACGGCUCCGGCAGCCUGUUCUCCCCCGGCCACCCACACAGCCAUGAUGGCACCCUGCCCCACAGCACCCGGGACUACGAACACUCGCACCCCCACCACCAUAACGGUGGAGGCAUGUACACAGCUCUUCCCCAGACAGAGUCGUCUGACUGUAUGAGCUGUCAGAACCUCUGCAACAAUAACAGAUGUUAUAACAAGACCAAUGGCACUUUCUCCAGCGGCACUCUGCCUGUAAUGCAUUGUGUGGCGCCAUGCCAGCAGGACGGUCUGGAGAUGGUGCCUCUGGGCCAGGUUUCCUCACAGUGCCACGGCCCCGACAGCCAUAUGCACUCUGGUGACAAGGGGGCCGACGCAGGGUACCAGCCAGACGAGCACAGGGAGUCCUCGCCCUCACAGCAUUCCUGCUGUCUGGUGGGGAACAAUGAAAACUGUCCUGCAGACAACACUGCUGAAGAGGAGCUGGAGUGCAUGGACAUGGAGGGGCCUGUGGUGUGCUGGGAGAGUCUUGGCCUGCCAGACUUGGACUGUGACGAAAAGCCUGGGUGGAUCUCCAGCAGCAGCCUGGCAGGCGAGCUGAUCCAGCCCAGCCCACAGGAGGUCUGAGCGCAGCCCACACACAAGCACCCUCUCCUGAAGCGUGGAGGGUUUAGAGGAACCAGCCAGACAGUCAGUGGUGGAAAUAUCACAGAUGAAGAGGACCAGCAAUGGGGUAGUCAGAGACACUGCAUGUUAUGGUGACAAGGACACAAAAACGUUCAAGCUGAGACGAGCGAAGUGUGAAAAGAGAGCGACUACAAGAGACUGAGAGCAAAGCCUGAGGGAGAGAAACUCAAAGAGCAAAGGUUGCUCAAAGACUGAACCGAUAUCCCACUGGAGGGAAGACUCUCAUAAAAGAUCAAAAACUCUUGAGAUGACUUAUUUAUUUUUUGUAGUAGUGAAAUAUUAUUUCAUAUGAAUGUAUCUGUUUUAAAGAAAAAAGAAGUUUGUCUUUUAUAUUAUUUAUGCCUUUUGGAUGAGAAAUACUUUUUAUUUUUUGUUGUUUUGUCCCUCUGUGUUCCACUCGAGUUUGGAAAUUAGCAAUUGUCUGUGUAAAGUUUUGUAAUAAUAUAAAGAGAAGAUAUGGAAGAGUAAACACCAACCUAUUUUCAAUGUCUUUCCUCCCCUCCUUCAUGUGCAGCGCCCAAUGAAUGAUUGCCGUAGUGA